AUGGCAGCCGUCGCAAGCCGCUGGUCAGACCUCGAGCGCCUCCUUGCUCGUAGUGGACCCUUUGUCGAUGACUACCCAGGCGGCUCAGAGUCCUUUGAGUUUCUUCAAUCCGCGAAAAUCCUAGUCAUCGGCGCUGGUGGACUUGGAUGUGAGAUUCUCAAGAAUCUCGCACUCUCUGGCUUCAAAGAACUUCAUGUGAUUGACAUGGACACCAUCGAUGUCUCGAAUCUCAAUAGGCAGUUUUUGUUCCGACCAGAGGAUAUCGGUGCUUCUAAAGCGGAGACGGCAGCGCGUUUCAUUAUGCGUCGCGUACAGGGUGUGACGGUUGUGCCGUACUUUGGCAAGGUUCAGGAUAAAGAUGACGACUACUAUAUGCAAUUCAACAUUGUCGUUUGUGGUCUAGACAAUAUCGAAGCACGUCGUUGGAUGAAUGCGACGCUUGUUAAUCUUGUUGAGGACAGUGAUCCACAAUCGCUCAAACCCUUGGUGGAUGGCGGUACAGAGGGCUUCAAGGGACAAUCACGCGUCAUCCUGCCUAGUAUAUCAAGCUGCUAUGAGUGCUCUCUCGACAUGCUCGGCAAGGCCACAACAUAUCCAAUCUGCACAAUUGCCAAUACCCCUCGACUCCCUGAACACUGCAUUGAAUGGGCAUCGGUCCUUGAAUGGCCUCGUAUUCGUGGUGGAGAAGACAAGCUUGAUGCAGACAAUCCAGAGCACAUCACCUGGCUCUUCGACGUUGCCUCAAAACGCGCUGCCGAAUUCAACAUUAGCGGCAUCACACGCAGCUUGACGCAAGGUGUCGUGAAAAACAUCAUUCCAGCGAUUGCGUCAACGAAUGCUGCGAUUGCUGCGUCAUGCUGUAAUGAAGUCUUCAAGAUUGCAACGUCGUGUAAUCCGUUCUUGAAGAAUUAUAUGAUGUAUACGGGGUCGGAUAGCAUCUACACCUAUACCUUUGAGCAUGAGCGCAAAGAGGAUUGUCCAGUAUGCGGCAACCUGGCAAGCGACUAUGCUUGCAAUCCUGACUGGACGCUACAGGCUUUCUUGGAUGUGUUGAUGGAACGACCAGAAACGCAAUUGAAGGCGCCGAGUAUUCGAAGUGCUGCCAAGUCGCUGUACUUGCAAGCACCACCGCAGCUCGAAGAAGCGACACGUCCAAAUUUGCUCAAGAAGAUGAGUGAGCUGGUCGAGGAGAAUGAUGAAGUGAGCGUUACAAGCGCAUCAUUGCCCUUUAGCUUGAAGCUUAAGAUCAAGUUCAACUAG